AUGACAACCCUCUCUUUUGCACUUGCGCCCCAGGCGUUAAUCCAGCUGCAUGAUGCUCUGAUAUGCCUGUCCAAGUUCGACGAAACCGUUGUGAUGGAGGCGGAAUACGAUCUUCUUCGUCUGAGUGUUCUCAAUUCCACAAAAACAAGCUAUUCUGCCUUUGCGCUAGACGCAAACCGCUUUUUCCAGGAUUACUCGUUUGGGGUCCUGCGAGAUGCCAAUUCAGCCAGGAACAGGCAACCCAAUAAGUUCUGCUGCCAGGUGUACUUGAAAGCCCUGCUCUCUGUGUUCAAGGGUAGAAUGGGUGGACGUAACAAGGACACUGCAGUAGAGCGCUGCGAGGUCGAUCUAUACGAGGACUACGACACUGCGGAAUGUCGACUAAUUAUCAAGAUGAUUUGUGGGCUUGGUGUGAUAAAAUCCUACAAACUCACAUAUGAACCGACUACUGCCCAACAUGCCGUUUUUGACAGGUCUAAAACGACAAACGAGUGGAGCAUUGAGCCUAGGUUUCUUAGAGAGAUCACCGAUCAUUUUAGUCCGUCUGCAGAACAACUAGAUAUCUAUUCCGAAGCUGGGAAAGUUAUAUUUACAAGUUUCACGACAAAAAUUGCCGAAGGAAAAGAGGUUCUCAAGCAACCGGUGCACACAUCGGUUGCCAUCGACAAAAAGGAUUUCAGUCAUUUCUUGGCCCAAGACGGUAUACACCUUGCAAUUAGCCUGAAAGAUUUUAAAGCCGUGAUCGCCCAUGCCGAGACAGCAGGUGCAAUCAUCACUGCCCGAUACACUCGACCCUCUCGGCCAAUGCAGCUCGCGUACGAUCUCGAGGGCCAUAGGUCUGAAUUCACCCUGAUGACAACGGGUGAUCCAGGCGCAGAUGAUGGUCCAGACUCUUCGCGCCCCCAGGAGUUGUCGGCGAGGCAAACGCCUGCCCCUAUACAAUCCAACACAAGCCGGCCGUCCCAGCCGCGUCCAAGCAGUAGAGCCACGGAUGUGAGGCAGAUGCCUCCCCCGACUUCUCGCAGUCGAUCUAUUCGGCCACUCACGGGGACUUCUGCCCGCAAUACCCAAACGCAACCACAGACACAAUCCGAGACUCAGCCACCACCAGCAUCGAUCAACUUUGAAAGUCUCUUUGUGCCGGCGGAUGAUGACGGGCAGUGGGAUGUCCCUAACGACGAGGAAGAAGAAACAGAAGACGUGUUGGGCUGGGACGCAAUGGGCGACCAGGAUAUUGACGGUCUCGGCCAGCGUUUGCGGGAUACUCAGCCCAGUAUGCAACGAGGCGAUCAAGCGACAACAAACGAGGAAGAAGAGAUGGGCAUUCCUCCAACACAGCGCAUGUCACAGCUUCAUGGUCUCGGUCUUUUCGACUGAGUAAGAUCGCCCGGCUUUCUGAUCUUAGCGGUGCUAUGCAGCCGGUGGUUAU